AUGGAAGGAACUAUUUGUAAGAUUUACCGAGAAAACGUGUAAUUUCUAACAAAAAUUCUCUAGUUAUUCUUACUCAAAGUUAUUCGCUUACUCAAAAAUUGAACGAUUACGUUCAUGAAGUUACGUGAUACACGAAGUUGCAUUCUUAAAUACUUUAUCCCAGACUAAAUAAAAACAUCGUUCGAACCCUCUGUUCCAACCUGUUCACUGACUGAUUUCGUAUAUUUUCUGAAUCAAUAUUGAACCUUCCGCGUGACCUUGGCACAACAGGUAGGUUAGUUAGAUCGAAACAGGUCUUGCUCGUCAUUGUUUCUUCGUUUUCUUUUUACAUUUUUACAAACUGAACGAAUUAUAGUCAUUUGUUCCCAAUAUCAAAUUUAAAACGCCCGUCAAUGUCUUCCGUCUUAAUGAUCGAUGAGUUUUCAGUACCUGGACAACCGCGAUGCGAUUUACAUAUCAAUAGAAAUACGAGCGAUCUUUUUAUCAGUGCAUUGCGAUCUUCCAGAGGAACUCGUAAAGUUGUGGAAAGCAUUGCCAUUGAAAACGAAAGUGGUUCACUUAAGGGCAGCUUCGAGGAAAACGUUUCAAGAGUUUUAGAGCCGAGAUGCAAGGAACAAGGUGAUUGCCGUAGGCAAGAUUGCCAGGAGGGUGAAAGCAAAGAGACAAAGCUGGAGAUUAAAAUAACUGCAAAAAUGCAAAUGAAAGUUUCCUACUUACCGACGAACUUUAUGGAUUCACAAUGGCAUAUUUGGACACUGUCAUUUGAGGAAGAGGAAGUCUGGAAGAUCCGUAAAGAAGACGGAAAGAGAGAGAGAGGCCGGAAAGAACGUGGAGAAGGAAGAGACGAACAUCAAAGCAAAGCGACAACGGAUACGCGUAAACCUUGA